AUGUGCCAAGAAGCGGCCCAGGCAUGGCCCACUGCCUUCUUAGGUGGGCCGUGCCGGCACACUGGCCCAACGGACCUUAACGGCCUUGCCGUGCUUGUGCUAGCCCACGGGCACGACAUUCACCCUUCCUCUGCUCAUACACUCGUGGUGCCUGUCAUCGCCGAGUCCGACAGCCCCGACGACUUCGACCACCUCGUCACCAGGGCGCCCAAGGACCUUUCCCAGAUCCGCCCACUCGUGCCGCAGCUCCAAGCGCCGGGGGACGACAGGGCGUUCGCGCUCGCCGCCGUGCAGGCAACUGUCUUCCCUGGCCGCGGCCUCUGCCUUGAUGUCUCAGUCCACCAUGCUGCCUACAAUGGCGCGCCUCGCCCCUCCUCCGCUGCCUCCACCUCAGCAGUAGUAGGAGGACCAAACACCGAUGGUGAUGGCGUCAUUCCUGCUGCCGCGCCACCAGAUCGACCGCAUCAAGGAGGGUGCGAUGAAGCAGGGGCCGGCAGGUACGGAGCAGGGGCUGUAGAGGGCGCGAGGGGCCGGGGAGGCGGCGGAGGGCGCGAGGGGCCGGCGAGGGAGGCGACGGAGGAGGUAGCAGAGGGCGCAGGAGAGGCGGUGGAGGGUGUGGGGGAGGCGGUGGAGGGCCGCGGGAAAAGCGGCGACCGGCGGGGCGGCGAAGGAAUGGAGGACAGGAAGGAAGGGUUUGGGGUGGGGGAUUUUUAUAUGCGAGCUGAGUGGGCCUUAACAGGCUGGGCCGCCCACUUAAUCUCGACGGGUCAAAUGGGCCAAGCCGUGACGGGCCAGCACGUGGGUUGA